GAGAGAGAGAGAGACCGCGCAUGCGCAGUACCAAGCGCGCGUCAUAGGAAGUCGCGUUUCUGAGCACCUGAGUCGACACUGGCGAAUGAAACUGAGCUUGGCUGAAUUCACUUUGUCUUUACCAUGAUCUCAGCAAAUGACCUGGAGCAGCUGGCUGAGAUAGAGCUUCAGAAGGAAGAGGAGGAUCAGGGUCAUGUGGGACCUUUAUCACCACCCAGUGGCGAUGCUUGUCAGGACACCUCACAUCCCUAUUAUGAUGUAGCGAGGCACGGCAUCCUCCAAGUUACAGGUGAUGACAAUUAUGGCAGAAAGCUGAUCAUUUUUAGCAGUUGCUGUUUGCCCCCGUCACAUCAGCUCAAUCACCAUCGACUACUCGAGUAUAUGAAGUAUACACUGGAUCAGUAUGUUGAGAGUGACUACACAGUUGUUUACUUCCACUACGGCUUACGCAGCAUGAACAAGCCCUCCCUGAGCUGGCUGAGAAACGCCUACCGGGAAUUCGACAGAAAGUAUAAGAAGAAUCUUAAAGCCCUCUAUGUUGUCCACCCCACAAAUUUUAUUCGGAUCCUAUGGAACGUGUUCAAACCUCUUAUAAGCCACAAGUUUGGAAAGAAGCUUACCUACGUGAACUAUCUGGCAGAGCUGACAGAACACGUCAACUACGAGCAGCUCAUUAUCCCACCUGCUGUUUUAAGGCAUGAUGAAGAACUCUGUGCUGCUCAGAAAGGAGGACCAGCCCCUUCAGCGAAGGCUCCACCACCCAGACCUCCCCUCCCCACACAGCAAUUUGGCGUGAGCUUACAAUACAUUCGAGAGAGAAACAAUGGUGCGUUGAUUCCUCCUGUCAUGUCCGAAACCGUGUCCUACCUCAAGCAGAAAGGGCUGAAAACAGAAGGGAUCUUCCGAAGGUCAGUCAGAGUGCAGCUCAUCAAGGACAUACAGAAACUCUAUAACCAGGGCAAGCCGGUUAGCUUUGAGCAGUACUCUGAUGUUCAUGUUCCUGCUGUGAUCUUGAAGACGUUUCUCAGGGAGCUGCCUGAGCCUCUACUCACCUUCACGUUAUAUAACCAGAUACAAGAGCUUACCCUGGUGGAGAGCAGCUUGCGGGUUUCGAGGUGCAAAAGGAUUGUUGAGUCGCUUCCAGAGUACAACUUCAUUGUGGUCAAGUACCUCAUCUGUUUCCUGCAUAUGGUCUCAAAGGAGAGCAUCUUCAAUAAGAUGAGCUCCUCCAACCUGGCGUGCGUGUUUGGGGUGAACCUGGUGUGGCCCCGUCACGGCGGGGUCUCUCUGAGCGCUAUCACUCCGCUCAACAUAUUCACAGAGCUGCUCAUCGAGCACUACGAUGCCAUCUUUAGCUCCCACUGCCCUCCACAGCAGGUACUGCCCUGAGUGCCCGACACACUCCCAUAACAGCUGACAGCAGGAAGCCUUGUUAUUAUUGUAUGUGCCACCGAUGUGUUGCAUCGACUCUCAGUGACCUGUGGAGUCUCAUGGGGCAAAAAGCUUAUUGUACUACGGACCAAAACACUAAAACUCCACAUUGUAGAUACCAUUUUAACACUAAAAGACACAGAAGGUAUUUUGUCAUGAUGUCAUGUGUUUUCUUAUGCGUGUGUCAUAAGUUUGGAUGAGCAAACACACUGAGCAUUGUUACCACAGAUUUCUUUGGAUUUAAUAAUAGUAAAUGCAUGUUAAUACACCAUCGUAACGUCAUAUACAUUAAUCUUAUGUACUGUAUGUAUAUUACUUCUAAAUAGUAAAUAUUAACCAUACAGUUCUUGCUACAGUAUGCAUCCUUCUAACAUGCGUGCACAAACGCAUCCUCAGCCACGAACGCAGUUGAAUGUGUGUACACACAAAUCAAAGCAAAUUUCCCCUAAAUUACAACUCCACUCUCGAUUGCCAUGGCAACCAUUCGUCUGAGGCAGCAAGGAUCAUCUUGAAGGCGUGAAUGGUAACAGAAUUGAGCUGUAAUCAAAUAACAAUAUUCCAUUUUUAUGCAUCACUGGUCCUUUUUUUCAUUAUUAUUAUUAUUACAUUUUGCAUUGCACUAAUAAUAAUUUAGGCCUGAUUAGUGAGACCUCACUGAACUAACAUAUGCUCACUGUAAGAUAGCUGGGUGCGCAGUAAAAAUUUAUAUUCUUCUCAUCCUUCACCAUUUACUUGAUUAUACUCGCAGAUUCAGGGUGAAAGUACAAUUAUGUCUGUACCGAGGACAAAGAUUCUUUAAAACCUUCCCUAGGAGUGUUGUUAUCAGCUCUCAGCCAGAACUUGAUGCUAAGAGUAAUGUUUGUGUAUUGACGAUGAAAGACUGUUUUCCUGUGGAGUUUGUUACAAGACCAAUUAGCAAUGAAAGUGCUAACUGAAUUCAAAAUGUAGCAUGUGCGGAUUUCUGUCACAUUUGUCUGGUUUCUAUACCAAAUUUGUAGCCCUGUAUUAUUCUCUGAACUGUGUUUCUGAUAAAGUGGAUUCCUUCCUAAUACUGUACUAAUGUAAAGUUAUUAAUAGCUCAAGUCAAGGAAUACUU